AUGAGCCCUCAGCACUAUGAAAGGGUGUCGACUAAUGAUCAAGAUGAGACUCCGAUGACCCCAAUCAGUCCCCAAGACCAACGGAAUGACCGCCCUUCUCCGCCUCCCUCCUUUAGAUCUCGAACUUCCUCCCCUUCUUCGAGGCAUCUGCUGUCUUCGGAGGACCCUAUAAUUACCGACGCUGAAAGGACAUUAAAUGAUACAUUCGAUGACGGAUCUGAUUCUGAUGAUGAGGGCGACAAUGGGGGUGACGACAGGCAACGGCUGAUGCGGUCGGCAACCAGCCAGUCUCGGACAGACUCCAGGUUAGCGCAAGAUGGCGGCCGACCUGACUUACUUAGAAGCUUCACACGCUUUCCUGGUCAUGAGCCUUCUGUUCCUGUCCAGGCAACGACCACACAAGCUAUACGCAGUGCCCCUCAAAACCCAUACGCUCGAUUGAACGAUGGUGUCUUUGCUAACCUGAAUGCGAAACCUGAGAGAGGAGAAAAGUUGGAAGAGCAACCACCUUCGUAUGAAGAUGCAGCUGCGGAUGCCACUCCGCCCUACUGGGAACCAACAACAAUUUUCGCUCCCGGCAACCUUUCAUCCUCGGACGAAGUCUAUGUUGACGGCCUACCAGUCGGCUCUUUAUUCUCGUUCAUUUGGAACGGCAUGAUAAGCAUGUCGUUCCAGCUAGUCGGCUUCCUACUUACGUAUCUCCUACACACCACACACGCGGCGAAGAAUGGCUCAAGAGCUGGGCUCGGAAUCACUCUUGUGCAAUAUGGAUUCUACAUGCGAGCGGGAGCACAUAAAUCAUCAUCUCCAUCAGACACAAACGACUCAUUUGCCCCUCCAGCAGAUCCGAACAAUCAUGACUUCGACCCAAGCACCCAGCCAGAUAGCGCCGCAGCCGCAACAGCAGCAGCAAUGUCACAGUCAGCAGCAGACGCAGCAUCGUCAGGCAGCAGUAGCAGCACAGACUGGAUUGCUUACGCAGUCAUGAUUAUAGGUUGGUUUAUUUUAAUAAGAGCAGUCAGCGACUUCAUCAAGGCAAGAAAGCAUGAGCAGCUGGUUCUCCAGAGUCCGGAUCGGGGAUUGAAUGUUCCUGUGGUUGCCGAUAAUGAACGACCCGAGACAGCGGUCUGA